AUGGCAGCAGUAGUCGAGCCCCUUACCAUGUUUAUUGUAGUAAGAAAAGAUCUCGCCAAGAAACUGCAAUGGCCAGCAGGGAGUGUAAUGACACAAGCUUGUCAUGCAGCAACAGCCAUUUUGCACUUGACACGAGAGGAUGACAAUACAAAAGAAUAUUUGAAUGAUUUAGACAAUAUGCAUAAAGUUGUAUUGGAAACAAAAAAUGAGACGUCGUUGGAAAACCUCGCUAACGCCUUGGCAGCAAAUAACAUCUCCUUCAAAAAAUGGAUAGAACAACCAGAGAAUAUACCAACCGCUCUUGCUACCGCUCCAUUAAAAGGCAGAAGUCCUGAAGUAUUAGCAGCCUUUAAAAAGUACUGUUCUUUAUAUCGAUAG